AUGUCAUACAACAAUACUACGACUACCACAGCUGAGCCUAAACACACCGUCGUUCCAGGUACGCAAGCUGAUGGAAGUGCAGGAGCCAAUGCUGGUCAAACACUUGGAGAUAAAGUGAAAGGAGGAUGGAAUGGAGCAGGCGAAGCGAUCCGAGGUAACGCCAAUUCUUUCAUUGACAACGUCGGUGAACAAGUCGCAGGUAGAGAUCCAGCUAGUCAACCCCAAACUCGUACAGCAGGAGGUGAAAGACCAGCUGGUGUAGCUGCCAAUGGAGCUGAUGAGAUCCAGAAAGGUGUGGCUGAUCUGAAGAAAUAG